UCAAUUCAGUACAACCCUCACCCAUCUAGACUGUUAACUAGUAUGUAGUGAUGUUUUCUGUUCAUUUCUUCCUUCCUUCUAGACUGUUAACUAGUAUGUAGUGAUGUUUUCUGUUAAUUUCUUCCAUCCUUCUAGACUGUUAACUAGUAUGUAGUGAUGUUUUCUGUUCAUUUCUUCCAUCCUUCUAGACUGUUAACUAGUAUGUAGUGAUGUUUUCUGUUCAUUUCUUCCAUCCUUCUAGACUGUUAACUAGUAUGUAGUGAUGUUUUCUGUUCAUUUCUUCCAUCCUUCUAGACUGUUAACUAGUAUGUAGUGAUGUUUUCUGUUCAUUUCUUCCAUCCUUCUAGACUGUUAACUAGUAUGUAGUGAUGUUUUCUGUUCAUUUCUUCCAUCCUUCUAGACUGUUAACUAGUAUGUAGUGAUGUUUUCUGUUCAUUUCUUCCAUCCUUCUAGACUGUUAACUGGUAUGUAGUGAUGUUUUCUGUUCAUUUCUUCCAUCCUUCUAGACUGUUAACUAGUAUGUAGUGAUGUUUUCUGUUCAUUUCUUCCAUCCUUCUAGACUGUUAACUAGUAUGUAGUGAUGUUUUCUGUUCAUUUCUUCCACCCUUCUAGACUGUUAACUAGUAUGUAGUGAUGUUUUCUGUUCAUUUCUUCCACCCUUCUAGACUGUUAACUAGUAUGUAGUGAUGUUUUCUGUUCAUUUCUUCCAUCCUUCUAGACUGUUAACUAGUAUGUAGUGAUGUUUUCUGUUCAUUUCUUCCAUCCUUCUAGACUUCACUCAGACACUCUGCAGAAGCUGGUUGUAGUUGUGUUUGAAUCUCAGGAUGAGGAGUUGACUCAGAGGUUCUUGGAGAAGGUUGGAGGAGAUCUGACCUCCUGCAGGCUGGACUGGGAGGUGCUGUUCUCUCUGCUGCAGAAUUCAACCCACAACAUCACUGUGGACCUCAGGAAGAACAGGCUUCUGGAGAGGAACAUCUCAGACCUCCUCCCCUUUCUGAGAAGGAUUGUAUUCAGGAAGCCCAGUUCUAUCUUUGUGAAGUCCAUCAUCAGAGAGAUCUAUGAGAGGAGAGACAGUGACUGUGUGUCCAGUUUGUUGAGGUCUUUAGAUUGGAUCAACCUGAACAGUAGCGAGCUGGACAGAGUGGACUGUGCUGCUCUGUGUUUCACCCUCCAACACAGCCACUAUGUCCAAGUCAACCUGCUGUGGACCUCCAUACCACCGGGGGAGAUAGAGAGCAUCCUGCCCCUUCUGGACAGAGUCUCCCAACUCAGUGUUGACAGGAGGUUGUUACUGAGUUUCCUCCGGUGCUGCGCUGCCUCUCAGAUCCAACAGGGGGCACCACCACCAACAGCAGUAUGGCUGCUCAGGGCUCUGAACCACAGACUGGACUUCUCCUGUUCCUCCUCUGUGGACCUGUCAGGUGAUGACCAGGAGGAGGCGCUGUGUCUGACCACUGACCACUGCAGGAUCAUCACAGCUGUUCUGACGCAGAACCAACACAGCCCAGACCUGGUCCAGAACCCCACCAAGAAACGGAAACGGACCCAGACUGAUCCACACUUUCAGCUCAAGAAGCUCAAGCUCACAACCCAUCAUCAGAACCAGCCCCGGCCCCCCCCCGCGGUCCAGUCUCAGGUCCAGUCUCGGGUCCAGUCUCGGGUCCAGUCUCAGGUCCGUCUCAUCCUAACAGACUGUGAGGUGGAGGAAGGAGCACUGAGGGAGCUGUUUCCUGUCCUUCAUUUUGUCAAGUUGAGCCUCAGCAAAGUUCUGCUACUUCAGCUUGUGGACCUUGUGUGUGAGGGGACUGAAGAGGAGGUACUGAGACAAGCAGAGUCCCUGGUCAGAGCCCUGGAUGGGAAGAUGGACCUCAGUGAGACCAGGCUGGACCAGAAGGCCUGUGGAUCUCUGGCCCUGGUUCUGGAGCACUCAGAAGGGCUGUCAGAACUGGACCUCAGCCACUGUCACCUCACAGACCAGCACCUACCCACCCUGAUCACACACCUGAACAAAGUCCAGGUCCUGGACCUGAGUCAUAAUGACAUCACUGAUGCUGUGACUGAGAGAAUAGUCCAACUGGUCUCUACCAACCCCUCAAUACACACUGUACGGCUCUACAACAACAGAAUCAAGGACAGAAGGCCCUUCCUGACAGACAAGAGGUUUGAGAUCUGGUGAAACAUCAUCAGAUCUUGCUAAUAUGAAUAAAGGUUAAAAUAAAAAUAUAAACUGAGAAACAAUAAUGCUGAUUAUUAGCAUGUAACGUGUUUAGAAAACUUAUUGACAACUUUCAGAUUUUGGCAAGUCCACUUUGAAACUAAGUAGAUAUUCCUCAUGAAUUUAGAUAUUUAGAUUUGCUCAACACUACUGUUGUUUGCUCCUUGGGGUUUAAGGCCGAGUGUUUUGUAAAAGCACUUUGUGACAACUGCUGAUGUAAAAAGGGCUUUAUAAAUAAAUGUGAUUGAUUGAUACAAUGUACUGUUUUUUAACAGUUGUUUUACUAGUUAAAUAGUCAUAAUGUUGACUGUUCUGAUACAGUUUAAGGGUCAUGUAAUUAUAUUUGUAAUAUCGAGGAAUU